AGAAUGUAAAGCUGUACAGUUAUGGCGACCCCAAAGAGAAAGCAUGAAAGAACCUUUAGAGUAGAGUUCAACACUUAAGGCAAGUAGACAAGCCAAAGACCUCUUAAGGAUCAGGCUUGAAGAGAAGGGAGAGUUUGGGAAAAGAAAAUAUAAAGAAAAGCUGGAAGAAGGACAAGCCUAAUGGGAGACAAAGCCUCGCUUUAUCUACAAAAGGGGGAAAAGGUUGUUUUUCAAAGUUAAAGAUAAAGCCAUCUGUCAUAUUUGGCCAAGCAUCUCAUGACAAGUCCUUCUGACAAGCACUUAAAGAGUUAAAGGUCAAGAUGAAGUUGAAUGAUGGCCAAGAUUAAAGGAGUCAUACCUGAUGAUGUUCGUGAUGCCGAAGAUGCUUUACAUAAUUUGGACAGAAAAUGGAUUUGUGGACGCCAAAUUGAAAUACAGUUUGCACAGGGGGAUCGGAAGACUCCAAAUCAGAUGAAAGCCAAGGAAGGGAGGAAUGUGUACAGUUCUUCACGGUAUGAUGAUUAUGACAGAUACAGACGUUCUAGAAGCCGAAGUUAUGAAAGGAGGAGAUCAAGAAGUCGGUCCUUUGAUUACAGCUAUAGAAGAUCUUAUAGUCCUAGAAACAGUAGACCGACUGGAAGACCACGGCGUAGCAGAAGCCAUUCCGACAAUGAUAGAUUCAAACACCGAAAUCGAUCUUUUUCAAGAUCUAAAUCCAAUUCAAGAUCACGGUCCAAGUCCCAGCCCAAGAAAGAAAUGAAGGCUAAAUCACGUUCUAGGUCUGCAUCUCACACCAAAACUAGAGGCACCUCUAAAACAGAUUCCAAAACACAUUAUAAGUCUGGCUCAAGAUAUGAAAAGGAAUCAAGGAAAAAAGAACCACCUAGAUCCAAAUCUCAGUCAAGAUCACAGUCUAGGUCUAGGUCAAAAUCUAGAUCAAGGUCUUGGACUAGUCCUAAGUCCAGUGGCCACUGAUAGUAUAAACCAUGAUAUUUUUAGGCAUGUAUCAUUCAUUUACUCAUAGUUUGGUUUACUUAAAUUAUCAGGAAUACAAUGUUGCAAUGAUGCUUAAAAAUACACUUGUCAGUUUUCCCUGUACCAGGCAAUGGUUAUAAUUAAAAUGAUAUGCUGUUGAGAAGCCACUCUUAAGAGUCCAGUUUGUUUAAUGUUAUGGGCAGCUACCAAUUUGUGGUGUCUCUGUAUAUUUUUGUAAAGAUUCUCAUUUUUUUAUGCUUGAAGUAUUGGUGAAAAGAUGUUGGUUGACCAUAAUUUGCAACAUUGUCUUAUUAAAAAUAAACUUUCAUAUCCAUAUUUGGUAGAACUGUUAACCUAGAAAUGUAGCUUGCUAAUAAGAUAGACUGAUACAAAAGUGAAGUUGUAGCCACAGUACAACACUGACCGACCAGACACAUUUAGGUUCAGGGUGGACCUUUUAUUUAUCUUGUCAAGAUGUCUAGGCCCGUGACAGUAAUUUAUGGCACAGUGUGGAAUAGUUCUUCUGUUAACCUCACUGUCUUGGGGAAUGAUGCCAACUAGGUUAAGUAGCAUUUUCAGGGAGGUUGAGUUUUUGACUGAAACAUGGAGCCUUCGCUGCUUUUUUCUCGUUUCUGUGAAGAUUUGGAACAUACAAACGUUGGAAAAACUCACCUUAAAAUUUGGGCAGGUUAUGAUGGCAGAAGUAAUUUUAAGGGGAAAAGAAUGCUCUUAUGUAGUUCCUCUAAACUUUAAGGAGCAUUGUUGACCAUAAUCCUUAGUUUUCUUACUGCUGUUAAAAGCAAGUAAAUUGUCUCAAAGUAGGAUUUGUUUGUGUGUAUGCAUAGAGUAAAAAGACUGAAUUUUGAUGCUUAUAGCACUUACAUGCGUGCAUUGGUAUCAAAAUUUACCCAUCUCUUUAUGAAGAAGGCUUGUCCACACCUCAGUUUAUUUAAUGUGAGGCAAGUUGAAAGACAACAAACACUCCCAUUCUAAGUGAUUCUGUGGUGCCAUGAAAUUUAAAAUAAUUUGGAAAAAAAUUAAUUUUAAGAAAGUCUCACAUCUCUUGAGUUUUUGAUUAUCAGUGUAGUACCUGGUAGUACCUGAUGAAGAUAAAAAAAUAACACCCUAACAAUUUAUAAUUUCUAGCAUUUCUCUGAGAGAUCAGUUUGGGGGCAAUAAAAGUGACUUGACGUGUCCAGUCUCAUUUCAGAAUAAAAGCUAGCAUCUUUAAAAUUUUUAGAUUGCUUGCUUACAGGUAUAAGUAAGAGAUGUUGUGAGGAAACGAUUCCUUUUUAGAGGAUUACUUUUUUCAAUUUUGGUUUUAGUAAUCUAGGCCUUGCCUGUAAAGAACAAAAGAUGGUUUUUAAAUACUGUUUGUGGAAUGUGUUUAAAGGAUUGACUCUAGAACCUUUGUAUAUUUGAUAGUAUUUCUAACUUUCUUUUCUUUACUGUUUGCAGUUAAUGUUCAUGUUCUGCUAUGCAAUCAUUUAUAUGCACGUUUCUUUAAUUUUUUUAGAUUUUCCUGGAUGUAUAGUUUAAACAACAAAAAGUCUAUUUAAAACUGUAGCAGUAGUUUGCAGUUCUAGCAAAGAGGAAAGUUGUGGGGUUAAACUUUGUAUUUUCUUUCUUAUAGAAGCUUCUAAAAAGGUAUUUUUAUAUGUUCUUUUUAACAAAUAUUGUGUACAACCUUUAAAACAUCGAUGUUUGGAUCAAAACAAGACCCAGCUUAUUUUCUGCUUGCUGUAAAUUAAGCAAACAUGCUAUAAUAAAAACAAAAUGAAGGAAAUAA